UGUUAUAAAUCACGGUAUAAGCGAGGAGUUGAAGGACGAGGUUUUCAAGCAGAGCAAAAAAAUAUUUGCUCUUCCUUUAGAAGAGAAGAUGAAACUAUUAAGAAACGAAAAGUAUCGAGGCUAUGCACCGCUCCAUGAUCAACUCUUAGAUCCUGACAAUCAAGUUCGGGGGGAUUACAAAGAGGGCUUUUCCAUUGGAGUCUUAUGUCCCAAAGAUGAUUCUCGCGAUAACCCGUUCUAUAGCCCCAACAUUUGGCCUGAUCCCGAUGUUUUGCCUGGCUGGCGGGCGACCAUGGAGACAUUUUAUCAAGAAGCAUUGAGAGUUUGUAAGGCAAUUGCGAGUAUAAUGGAGUUGGCGCUUGAUUUGGAUGUGAAUUACUUUGAUAAACCAAAUAUUCUUGGAAAUCAUAAUGCAGUAAUGCGGUUGCUUCAUUAUGAAGGAAACUCUGACCCCUCGAAAGGAAUAUAUGCAUCUGGAGCACAUUCUGAUUACGGAAUGAUGACCAACUUAGCGACCGAUAGUGUAAUGGGACUCCAGAUAUGCAAAGAUAAGGAUGUGAAGCCUAUGAAGUGGGAAUAUGUACCGUCGAUUAAAGGAGCCUACAUUGUUAAUAUCGGUGAUUUGCUGGAGCGUUGGAGCAACUGCUUACUCAAAUCCACAUUGCAUCGGGUUAUUGGGAAUGGUCACGAACGAUAUUCCAUACCAUUUUUCUUGGAACCAAGUCACGAAUGUAUAGUGGAGUGUCUUCCUACCUGCCAGUCCGAAAACAACCUUCCCAAAUAUCCCGCGAUCAAAUGUUCAACGUACCUCACGCAACGUUACAAGGAAGCACAUGCGGAUUUGAGCAUUUACGAAAAGUAGAUCCAAGUGAUUUAAUAGUCCACGC